AUGAUCGUGCCUGUCGGCUCGUUUUGCCGGCAAUGCAAACUUGGUAUCUUCGGGUCACUGGAGCGCCUGGUGGAUCUAAAUUGUAGAAAUCUCGAGCAUGUGUCGACGCCUGUGCCGGCCUGUCUUAUGCCAUUAACCGGUCGUCUGCAAGUUAGGAGAAAUGGAACAAUCCGAUUUUCUCCUGUGCUGAGGGUACACUUCACCAAAACCAAUUUUCUUGGCAAGAUAGUACGUCUUACCGCCAGCGGAGUGUUGAAAAUUGUGAACAGUUGUCUCAACAUGUACGGCCAGACAGGCGAAUUGUUUUCGUUUCGCGAUCGGCAUGUGAACAACCCGUCCCCUGCCCAGUCAAGACAGUCCGACUGGUGA